AUGGAUGCAAGUAACAAUAAUGAGGGUGUGGGUGUGGAUGUCACUACUAUUCUUGUCCACCCAAACUCACACCCUAUUAUGAAAUUAGCUGAAACAGCACUCAACGUACUUUUCGAACAGUUUCAAGAAAGAUCUCAUGAAACUAUUCGAUCUGAACUUGCUCAUUGUGUUGGAUUAAUAGGCUAUGUUAUGUUAAAUGAAGGCGAACCAAAAUUUGCUGAAUGGAUUUUUGAAUAUUUAAAUGAAGUACGAAAAAGUGAUGUUCAAAGACAAUUACUUAUCAAUGCAUUUCGUCAUAGUAUUCAAAAUGAAGAUGAAAUGUUAUGUUUAACUAAUUCUAUUCAACAGAUAAGUGAACAAUUAAAGAAAAUUCUUGAAUCAAUUGUUCAUGCACCAUUAAUGAUUGCUGCUAUUACGGAUACAAUUAUUGAUCUUUCAAGAAUCUAUCCUCAAAUAUUUCAAGACAUUUUUGUUGAUAUUGUCGAUAUUCUUAUUGGUUGGUAUAUAGAACCAUUACCAACUGAUCGUAUUCUUGAAUAUAUAUCGCAAGCAUUACAUAAAUUUCGUCCAUUUUGGGUUGAACAAAUCGAAGCCACAACAUUAACUUUAUUAGAUAAUUUUAUUGAAGAUGCUGAUAAUUAUGCUCAACAAUUCGAACUGCAUGGUAACGAUGAUGAUGAUGAUAUUGGUGCAUUUACAGACAAAAUUGCUGCUUUAUACAGAGCUUUGACUACUGUUCUUCGUGCACUUUCCGAUAAUUUUUCUUCAACACUUAAUUUACUACCCAUCGAUCAUGUUGAUAAUUGGUUACAAAGCAUUUUUACAUAUAACAACUAUAAUGAGACAAGAUAA